AUGGCGGGAAAGCCUAGGAAACGCAACCCGAACUUAUAUUGCCACUAUCAUCAGGAUCAUGGGCACAUGACAGAAGAUUAUAGGAAUCUGUGGGACCAUUUGGAACAGUUGGUCCGAAAAGGGAGAUUGAAGUACGAUGUUAAAAGGGUGAUGAUUGAUCAAGGUAGCGCGGCGGAUGUAAUGUACCCAGACUUAUAUAAGGGGCUAGGUUUGAAGCCAGAGGACUUAACACCAUACAACUCCCCUCUAGUGAGUUAUGAGGGAAGGAUGGUAGCUCCAAAGAGACUGAUCAGACUACCUAUGCAAACUGGUAUAGAUGUAGUGGAGGUGGACUUCAUUAUUGUAGACGUUUUCUCUCCAUACACGACGAUUAUGGGCAGACCUUGGCUUCACACCUUGGGAGCAAUUUCAUCCACUCUCCAUCAGAAAGUGAAGUACCCAUCCGGAGGCAAAGUAGUGGAGAUAGUAGGAAACCAGGUUGCAGCUCGACAAUGCUUGGUAACGGCUAUACAAUAUCGGCCAGAAGCAGAGGCCUCGGCUACUAUCGAUAAGGGGCUCUGGAAAGUUCUUAGGGUACAUGGUGACUCACAGAGGCAUGAAGUGAACCCAGACCAGAUCAAGGCCAACAACGAUUUACAAGCAUCUCGGAACCCAAAAAAAGUACAGAGAUUGACUGGAAUGACAGCUGCAUUGAACCGAUUUAUCUCUAAAUCGGCUGAGAGGUGUCAUCCAUUUUUCCUUCUACUGCACAAGUGGAAGGGAUUCGAAUGGACCAAAGAGUGCGAUGUGGCGUUUCAGCAGUUGAAGAGAUACCUGUCCAAGCCGCCGAUCAUGUCUAGUCCCGAGGUGGAUGAAGUGUUGUUUGCUUAUCUGGCAGUUGCCCCCCAUGCAGUUAGCUUUGUCUUAAUACGAGAGGACAAUGACGUUCAAAGACCAGUUUACUAUGUAAGUAAGUCUCUUCACGAAGCCGAAGUGAGAAGUGCUGAUUACACUGGAAGGAUUGCUAAGUGGAGCACAAUCCUAGGUGCUUUCAAUAACAAAUAUAUGUCUCGCACCUCGGUGAAGGGCCAAGUCCUUGCUGAUCUGGUGGCCGAGUUCGCUGAAUGCCUAGAAGAAGCUAACAUGAAACAAAAUGACAUGGAUGAAAAAUCGGUUGGACUAAUCUCCACACAAUGCACUCCUCCUUGGCGAGUAUAUGUAGACGAAGCAGCAAACCAACGGGGUUCAGGAUUGGGGCUAGUUUUGAUAUCCCCAAAAGAUGUCAUCAUUGAGAAGUCCUUGAGGCUGGGAUUUUCUACUACUAACAACGAAGCAGAAUACGAAGCCUUAUUGAUGGGAAUGAGCAUGGUCCAAAAAAUGGGUAGAAAGGUAGUAGAAUUAUUCUCGGAUUCAAGAUUAGUAGUCGGCCAAGUGAAGGGAGAAUUGGAAGCUCGAGAUCCAAGAAUACAGGGGUAUUUAAAUCAAGUUAGGCGUAUGCAAACGAAAUUUGAGUCUUUCAACUUGUCGCAUAUCCCCCAAGGUGAAAAUACUCACGCUGAUUCCCUAGCAACCCUUGCCACCUCUUCGAUGCGGGAUUUUCCUCGAGUGAUCAUCGUUAAAGAUUUACGUACCCCCUCCUCACUAGAAAAUGACGUUUGCCAGGUUUAUCAAGUCAAUCUAGCGCUAAGUUGGAUAGAUCCCAUAUCAAAAUAUCUUGAAAGUGACAUCCUGCCCGAAGAGAAAGUAGAAGCUGAGAAAAUAUGCAGGAAAGCUCCUCGGUUUUGGUUAUCCGAGGACAAGAAGUUAUACAAACAAUCCUUUUCUGGACCGUACCUGCAUUGUGUGCAUCCCAAGACGACAGAGUCAAUCCUAGAAGAGCUGCAUGAAGACAUUUGUGGAAGUCAUACAGGGGGAAAAUCCCUAUCACACCGGGCCAUUACACAAGGAUAUUGGUGGCCAAAUAUGCAGAAGGAAGCGCAGGAAUAUGUUAGGAAAUGUGACCAGUGCCAAAGAUUCGCUCUAAACAUCCACCUACAUGGAAGAAGUCUUAACCCUCUUUCCAGCCCUUGGCCAGACGUGGAUGUUAAGAGGUUUAUCUGGAAGAAUAUUGUCACGCAAUUUGGAACUCCACGCACCCUUGUCUCGGAUAACGGCCUUCAGUUUGACAGUAAGGCCUUCAGGCAAUACUGUUCAGACUUAGGUAUAAAGAACAGGUACUCCACUCCGGCCUAUCCUCAAGGGAAUGGGCAAGCAGAAGCUGUUAAUAAAGUAAUAAUUAGUGGACUCAAGAAGAGGAGAUCUGGUGCUGAGGAAGGUUCUGGGAACCACCAAAAAUCUAGCUUGGGGAAAACUGGGGCCUAA